UUCGGCGACCAUGCUACACCAUGAACCAGUUGCCUCGAUCAACUACAUGCAAAGGACAUUGAGAGCCAAUCGAAAUAUGAAAUACAUCAUGCUUCCAUACAUUGAAAAUCAACAUUGGAUUCUUCUCGUCCUUUCUCUAUACAAAAGAACGGUAUAUGUAUUUGAUUCGCUUAGGAGAUCAGAUAGAUCCUUAGCUAUCAAGGAACCGCUGCAUACUGCAUAUACAUCAUUCCUGCUCCUUGAAGGUAUCAAGGCAACAAAAUUGUCUUGGGUAUCUAUGAAGUGUGCUCAACAAACGGGAGGAGAUGAAUGCGGCUAUUUCGUUAUGAAAUACAUGUUUCAAAUCGUCCGCUUCCUCUAUCAGGCAAAUGAUUUGAAGAAGGUAUGUAUAUGUUGUAAAUUGGUUACUUAUAUGAUUUUAAAGUUUAUUAACUAAGUUAACAUAUUUAUAGGAUUUUCCUAAAAGCGUUGAACCAUACACCAUAGAAGAUAUCAACGAAAUCAAAGAUAA